AUGUCGAGGCUUGGGUGCACGGAGACCGUGAACGUUAACGUUGGAGGGGAAUUUUCCCAGACGAUUUCUUGGCGUCGCAAGCUUGCAGUUCUUCUCAGUUCUUUCACAAAACAAAAUAACUGGCCACAUGAGACGUCAUCCGGGAGUAAUCAAAAAUGCGGAAAUCAGAAUCAUCAGAACGAGGCUCUCAGCGUGAAAACGCGAGGCUUUUCAUCGGCGAGAAAUCAGCGACAAAAGACUGCGUGGAGUGCCAAGAUGAUACCUAUCACUUUCGAAGAACCACUGCGAUGGUCCGAAAUUCUUCCUCUGAAUUUUGGUCCCUUAAACAAAGGAAAAAUGGGGUUAAAAGUCGGCUGCGUACAAGCAAGUUCUCUCUCGCUUCGACCCAAUACUCAACGCACCACUAUGAAGUUCUCUAUUCUCCCUCUUAUCGCUCUCGCCAUCUCCCAGGUCGCUGCGACUCCCGCGCCGAACCCUAUUGCCGACGCCGUCUCUGACGCCGAGCCGACCGUCUACAACCCACCGGCCGAAUUCGACCUCGACAUACGCGCGCUUGAGAAACGCGCCGUUUCGGGCACCGUCGUUGUUGAUGGGCUCAGGUACCGCACCUGCCCCAGGACGAGCUGCGCCGCUAUCGGACAGUAUGCGAAGGGAACCAAGAUUUCCAUCAACUGUUAUACUAGGACGGAUACUACCGUCGUUGACGGAGACGCUGGUUGGGCUAAGCUCACUAAUGGGUACUACGUCGCAAUGGCGUUUGGCCACUAUAUUUCCUGGAGUGCACCCAUCCCUGCAUGCUGAAGGGAGUUUGAGUUGGUUGAGCUUUAGUGCUCUUGGAAUUUUUAGAAUUGGUUAACGGCAGUUCGUACCGAGUUGGAGGCUUGGGGUGAACGUGACUUUUUGAUAAUAAGAAAACAUGUUCGGUUUUUUCAGUCGGCGCUUAGGUUCUACCUGCAUUUUUAUUUCCAAGGAUGAAGAGGUCUAAUCACUGGUCAGCAC